AUGGAUGGGGACUUAGCCGGUGAGAAGAGGUUGCUGCAACUCAACAAGCUUGAUGAAUUUCGGUUGCAUGCAUAUGAAAAUGCAAAAUUGUAUAAAGAGAAGACAAAAACGUGGCACGACAAGCACAUCCACCAUCGAGAGUUCAAGUCAGGGCAAGAAGUUCUUUUGUUCAAUUCAAGGUUGAAGCUUUUUCCCGGAAAGCUCAAAUCUCGUUGGUCAGGCCCUUUUGUUGUGGUAAGUGUGAAGCCUCAUGGAGCCGUGGAGUUGAGGGAUAUGAGUUCAACUGGUACUUUCUUACUGAAUGGUCAAAGGAUAAAACAUUACUGGGGUGGUGACUAUGCAUGUCACAAGACCUCGGUGGACUUGACGGAUGCUUGA